GUCACGUGAAAUAAUAUGAAACUCGUAGAAAUUGAAACUGUUGUAUUGUACAGAAGCGAAAAAAAUCACCACUGUUUGUCAUUCGAAAGCCACAGUACAUCAUAUGAUCAGUCAUUAGUUAUCGUCGAAAUGUUGAAAAAUAUUUUGGUAAUAUUUUCUCUGGUUGCUGCAGCCUAUGGCUCUGGACAACUCACAGUUUUAGAAAGCCCCAACGCAAUAUCAUUCAAAAAACAAGAUAGACUAGAUGGAAAAUACAUUGGUCAUGUGUUUAGUGCAUGUACAGGUCAUUCCAUUAGCGAAUCGGUACCGCUGAAAUUACAAUUCACCCCCUUUGACUUGGCUGAGAAUGUCUGUUUGAUUAACAUCGACGGAAUUAAGGAAUUUACACCGAAAAAGUUGAAACCAAAGUCAGAAAUCAUUGUAGAUGGCCCUGAAAAUUCCAAUGAAGUAUUUUUGAACAAACUACAGGAGGAGGGUUGUUCUAUUGUGCAUGUUCAUUUGAAUGAUGGACUUGAUGCUUUGGGUUCUCUUCAAGACUGGUGCGAAAAUUCAUUGAAACCAGAAAAUUCCAAGUUCUAUAAGAUGCUAAAAGAUGAGAAGAACAGCGAAUCGAAACAAAUCCUCGAAGCAAUUAUAGCGAUGUCAGUUUUGUCGGAAGCCAAAUGCAAAAUGCCAGCAUUUCUGCAAAUUGACUACAAUCAUGACGCGUCGAAAUCACGUGACAAAUACUUUGAGGAAUUUGUCUCAGCAAUUGAAGCCUUUGCACAAAAGUAUGCAGAGAACACAAAUGGCUAUGGAAUCGUUACAGUUUUGACCACCGAUGAGCAAUCACAUAAGCGAUCACGACGUGCUGUUACCGCUCCUUCUGAUGCUGACGAUCUAAACUUGGCCGAAUCGUAUUCGGAAGAUUUUCCGGUAAUUUUCAACAUCAUUUUGUGGUUUGGUGUUUUGAUUGUCUUUUCAAUGAUGGCAAUCGUUGUUGCCAUUGCAACAAUGGAUCCAGGCCGAGAUUCUAUCAUUUAUCGAAUGACAUCAACUCGAAUUAAGAAGGAUAAUUAGAGCGAUUGAAGAGAACCGAAGUCUUAUGCAAGUUUUUGAACAUUGCAUAUGUAAUAUAAAUGAACGAUGGACGAUCAAUGUGAAAAUUCAAUAGUUUGCUUCAUAUCCAAUUUUUAAAAAAAAUACAACAUUGUGGAAAACCUAUUAUAUUUAUUAUAUUUAGCGAUUUCCUCCCUCCGUUCAUUGUAUAUCAAAUUUCUAAGUAAUCAAAAAGAACGAAGGUAUCAUUAUCAACCGACGUAUCAUUUGAAGAAAAGCAAAAUAGUAUUAUUCAAUAAAUCUGGAGUAGUUGAAGAACACAGACCCGAGUGAACACGAUAGGCUUCGAUGAAAGCCUGAACUCGUUUCAUCACUCUUUCAUAAGUUCUAUGCACAUUCUAAAUUUUGAACGCCUACGCGUUCAUUGUUUCGAAUGAACGAAAGAAGUGAGAAUUAGAAUGAGCUUUCAUCGAAGCCUAUUGUGUUCAUUCGGGGAACUUUCACAAGUUUCGUGUUAUCAUUUUCAUUUUCUAUUCCUGUUAGAUACAGUCCAUCCUUCCAAACGAAGUGAUGAAAAAUUAUGUAAAGUUAAUGCAGAAGAAAUCACAGAUUUGAAAGACGUACACACAAACAUCUUGUAAUCUUAUCUGCAAGUAAAAAAACAACAACCUAGGGAAUAAUGAAUAUUUUCAAUGAUUUCAAUGAAUUUUCAAUAGCGGUGUGUAUUCUUCAUGCGUCAAGUGAUUUUGGUUUAAUUUACAUCUUCUGUCAGAGCCAGAAAAGAAGCAACAUUUGCGAUCUAUGAAAUAAAGAUCCCAUGAAAAAAAGUACACCAGGUGUAUGCGCCAUGUUGAUGGUGUACACCAGAUAUAAGCCGAAAUUUGCGCCCAAUCCACACCACAAAUGCAUACAUGGCUGGUUGUGCACCUGGUGUACUUCUUUUUCAUAGGAUGAAUUUCACAACAACAAAAAAGGGGAAGAUCCCAACAAUUUCAGGCUCUGUCUCAAGUGUUAAAAUCUGUAUAUUUUAUUUAAGGUUUGUGAAUGUAUGUGUUGAAAGAACUUUAAAAUAAACCACAUUCGCUAACACAAACAACA